GUUGGUAGCAUCUGUUGCCGCUGUGUGUUGCUCUCCUUCCUGAAAGACACUUGCAUUGGAGCCGCUGAUGUCGCCGUGAAGAAGCUGAGACAAUAUCGUGAAAUCCCAAGAUUCCCGAAGGUCUUGUCUAUGAACUCCCACAUGCAGUGAACCCUUCUCUUACAGAUUAAACCACGCGUACAUAGCUCCAGAACAUUGCUCUCUUAGAUGCCGCUCUGUCUCUGUUUUUGCAAAUGGCUUGCUGUCUGAAGGACGAGCUCCUCUGUUCCAUUUGCCUAAGCAUAUAUCAAGACCCCGUAAGCUUUGGCUGCGAGCACUACUUCUGCAGAAAGUGCAUCACCGAGCACUGGAGCAGGCAAGAGCCUCACGGAACACGGGACUGUCCCGAGUGCCGGAGGACCUUCACCGAUCCACUCCUUUCACCAAGUCUCAAGUUGUCCAACAUUGUGGAGCGCUAUUCUGCCUUCCCACUGGACGCCAUCCUCAACGCUCAGAGGAGCUCCUACCCCUGCAAGGACCACGAGAAAGUCAAGCUCUUCUGCCUCACGGACAAAAGUCUGGUGUGCUUCUUCUGUGACGAGCCGGCGCUACACGAGCAGCACCAAGUGACCACCAUUGACGACGCUUACGAGGAGAUACAGAGGGAGAUGAAGGAGCAGCUGGCCACUCUGCAGGACAGUGAGAGGGGACACACUGAGGCCCUGCAGCUCCUGCAGAGACAGCUCACCGAGACCAAGUCCUCUGCCAAGAGUCUGCAUGCAACCAUCGGGGAUGCUUUCGACCGCCUUCAUCGCUUCCUGCGCGAGCGUCAGAAGAGCAUGCUGGAAGAGCUGGAGAUGGACACGGCCCGCAAGCUGGCCGACAUCGAGCACAAGAUCCAGCGCUACAGUCAGCAGCUGCGCGACGUCAAGGAGGGCAUCCAGAUCCUGCAGGAGCGCCUCAACGAGACAGGGCGACACGACUUCCUGGAGGGUGUAGCCGUCACAUCCGAGAGGAUUAAAGGGAAGAUACAUGAGACCAAUCUGACUUAUGAAGACUUCCCGACAUCCAAGUACAUGGGGCCCUUACAGUACACAAUAUGGAAAUCACUCUUCCAGGACAUUUCACCAGUGCCAGCAGCAUUGACCCUAGACCCCAUCACAGCCCACCAAAGACUGAUUCUGUCAGACGACUGCACUAUUGUGGCCUAUGGGAAUCUCCAUCCGCAGCCUCUGCAGGACUCCCCUCGGCGCUUUGACGUGGAGGUGUCUGUUCUGGGCGCGGAGGGCUUCAUGUCGGGCGUUCAUUACUGGGAGGUGAUGGUGUCGGAGAAGACGCAGUGGAUGAUCGGCGUGGCCAACGAGACAGUCAGCCGCAAAGGCAGCAUCCAGAUCCAGCCGAGCCGCGGCUUCUACUGCAUCGUCAUGCACGACGGGAACCAGUACAGUGCCUGCACCGAGCCCUGGACCCGCCUCAACGUCAAGAGCAAGCUAGAGAAGGUGGGGGUGUACCUGGACUACCCCAAAGGCCUGCUCAUCUUCUAUAACGCUGACGACAUGUCCUGGCUCUACACCUACCGAGAGAAAUUCCCCACCAAGGUCUUCCCGUACUUCAGCCCCGGCCAGAGUCACGCCAACGGCAAGAAUGUGCAGCCACUGCGAAUCAACACUGUACGCCUUUAAGAGCUGCACACUUCAACGGUCGUGAUUGACCUGACAGAUGAUGAGUCUGUCAAAGAUGAAAUCACAGGACUAGCGUGUUUCAAAGGAUGUUGAAGAAAUCCAUUUAAAAAUGUUCAAUAGGGUGUUUGAAAUGUUUCUUUCUUUCAGUUCGGUGUUAGGAAUCGUGCUUGAUGUCGCUCUUACAACUCGCGCUGUUAUUUUAGUUUGUUUUUUUUUACUUGAAACGACCAUACAAUAACGGCCUGCACUUGAGCCUCAAACUGCAUCUCCGGUUGAAAAGAUGACACUCAGUGGAGACGGAGGGGACCCCUGGGCUUCUCCAGGGUCUGUGGCAGAAAGGAGAAAAAAAAAAGUGAUCUUUUCUUUUAAAGUAGCUGUCAGAGGCCCACCUUGCACACUCCCAGGGGGCACCGCUGUCUGUAUCAAGCUCCAGGCUUGUCAGACUUGACGUCCCCUCUCUCUGUCCAAACAAGCGGACAGUGAAGACCAGUCAGUCGUCUCCUGUGCUGUACUGUUGGCUUAGCUUUGUUUGUGGAAUGUGAUUGACAGCACCCGGCUCCUGUUUUGGCUUUUGGAUGGCCAGCGAUCCACUCUGAACUCGUCAAGUCUGUUGGCACUUUUUACUUCGUUCUGAUACCAUGAUCUUACUUCCUCCUGCAGGUCACGUCCACGUGUGUCUGUACAGUCUUUACCAAUGUGAAGAAAGCCCCCAUUCUGUGCCCACCAGCCGUUAUCCAUUCCAAUUUAAAAGCUGAAUGAAUGAAAGAGUAGUACAUAGACUGCCCAUCACUAUCCACUGCCCAGAAGAUGAGUUUAGAAGGGUGAGGAUGUGCAGAAAUAUGCUGCUAUUGGUGGAGUUAGGACUUUAAUGUUUGUAUAUAGUGUAUCAAGGGUAUAAAGGAAUAAGUCUUUCAUCAUGCCGGCUCAUGCUUAUAUUUUCACCCUUUUCCUAAAAACCACUCGUAUGCUAGCCGUCAGCGUACACUAUAUCUGUGGGGUUUUUGUCCACAUCAGCAUUACAUUCCAAUAGGUUUCUGCUUCCAGUCAUGCUUUUUGAUCAUUUUGUCUUAAUAUCAAAAGAAUAUUAAAUCACACUGUCUAAGCAGAUAAUCGUGUGAAGCACAGACCCUCGUUUGUAGAAGGAUAACUUCUCAAACGCGAGUUAAAAAUCAGCUAUCGCUCAAAAUGCUACAGAGGCCAACUGUCCUCUGUUUUUAACAUCACAUUUGUGUAAAUGAAAUCACAAUUAUCAAGUCAAAUAGCGAUGGAUGGUUGAACUUGAACACUAAAAUCCAGUUUUCUGCGACUGGCAUUCCCAAAGCUGCUGCUGCUGUGUUACAUAAUGAUAAAAUCACUGAUAAUUCCUCUGAGGCUUAGUCAUGUUUAUGUCUUUGCCCCCACGUGCCUCAAGUGCUUUGGUUCAUCACUCGUUACUCACAAGUCCUGCAAAAUCUGCUGUAAGAGGCUCUUGUCCCUCAGCCAAGUCCAGCAUACCGAGAAACGUGUCUGGGGAUGUGCGCGGGUAUGUUUGUGCGGCCUGGUUCAGCUAUAAUUUUAAAUCCAGCUUUGGUUGCGGUUGAUAAAGCCCAUCUGGCCCUCCAAACAUACCCAUGCAGUUGCCAAAAGUGUUUAUUGCAAAAAUACUUUGGGAUCAGGUAGGACUUAACAGAUUUUCCUCCUUUGGGAAAUCUACAAAUGUACAAGCAAAAAAAAAAAAAACAACAACAAAAAAACAUCACUAAGACCUUCCUUUGCCACUACAUCUUCACAUUUGUCUCUGUGUUGUCUGUUGUCCAUUUGAAAAGAAAAUUGGGGCAGUGUCCUUGUCUUUGUAGGAAGAGAUUCCAGUGUGUGCAGUACGAUGCAAACUCGGGUCAAAUUUAGAGCAUGUGCAAAUUACUCCCGGUGUUCGUUUUAACUUGCACAGAUCUGCAGGGGCCUGUGAGUUAUUCAGAACUCACCUGAAUAACGUUGCUCAGUAGCACACCUGGCAACGGCUCAUUAGCUAAACAAAUUACACAACUCACUAAACAAAUUUAUUCAGUGAUGCGUGACAUUAAUAAGGGUAACAGAAUGUUUAGACAAUCAGGACAGUGUUCUGUUAUUUUAUCCAAAAUAUCCUUUCAAAGUAAACCCCACCCAGCUGGCGUUUCAUGCAGGUUAAAACAACAUUUGGCCCCAGUUUGCUGUGUUGCAGACCUCAGUGUGGUCUGCUUCAUUAAGACUUUCUGUCUGAAUAUUAAGAAGGAGAUUAUUGUGAGGUGGUGUUGGGUUACUGGUGAUGGUUCAAGUGAUUAUAAUGAUGAUAACUAUGACACUUUUAAUGAUUAUUAUGAUGAUUGUGUCUUCUGAUGAUGGCCGCUGCGCACCCAUCAUUGUGUGAACACACUCUAGUGUGCUUUUGCUGCUGGAGGUUUGUGUGAAAUGUUUUAAUGUACAAUAAACGACUGCGAAAAACA